UGUUGAUAACAACUUCAACAAACACCUUUGAUUAUUGGGCGAUCUUUGAACCGCGAGAAAGAAAGGACCAACAAUGUGUGUUCCAGCGACCCUCUUUGCCUCUCUACUGUUAUCAGUCUGUGGGCUACCAGUGUCAUCUCUCACCGCCGCUUCCAGUGCACUCGCAGACACUUUCAGCACUUUAUAUACGACAAAUCUCAAAGAAUUCAAUGACUUUCCCAUUUAUUUCGAUCGGAAAAUUCCGGAAUGGUUAAAAGGAAAUUUGAUACGAAAUGGUUUUGGUCAGUUUGAAAGUGGCAAAAGGCAUUUUCUGCACUUGUUCGAUUCUUUUGCCAAACUGUCGAGCUGGAAGAUAACCGGAAAUAACACAGCUCUUUUUUCAACGAAGUUUGUAAAGAGUUCGACUUACAAUAAAAGCAUCGCCACAGACGAUAUUGCUCCGUAUCUCACGUUUAUUGGCGUUGAACCACCUUUCAGUCGAUGGAAACAAUUUAAGUCCAUCAUAAACGGUUUGGAUAACAUGAACGUCAACGUCUAUUCUUAUUACAAAACGGCCAAAGCAAACGGCCAAGACGACAAGGGUUGUUUUGCACUCACAGAUUACUGGAAAAUGUAUGAAUUCAAUUGUACUACUUUACAGACUAUUUCUGCAUGUGAGGCGCCAGUUCCCCAGAAGUCAUCCAUUGGCUUCUUAAACCUCAUAUCCACGGCCCACCCUCUGCCCGAAUUUGGUACAAAUAACUCUUUGUUAUUCCUGUCAACGUUGAGCUUGAUUCCUUGGGUGAAAAGUUCAGUGAAGUUUAUUCGAAUUCAUACGGCACAGAAGCGAGAAGUCAUUGCAAAUGUACCCGUUGACAAAAUACCCUACAUGCAUUCUUUUUCUACGACUGAGCAUUAUGGGAUAUUGUUCUGUCAUCCGAUGUAUUUGAACAUUCCAAAAUUUCUGAAAGAAAUGCACCCGUUCGAUGGAAUGGAUUGGUAUGGAGAUAAACCGAUUGACGUUAACAUAAUCAACUUGAAGACUGGCGAGGUUAUAAAUAUGAAAACAGAAAACAGCUUUAUCAUGCACCACGCAAAUGCCUACGAGGAUGAAAAUGGAAAUAUUAUUGUAGAUGCAGUUGGUUACGAUGACCCGUUAUUUGUAAAAUCUAUGUUUGUAGAGAAUAUGGUGAAUCCAGCCAAAAGAAAAAAUAUUCCGUUUUCAGCUCAGAUCAGACGAUAUAUUUUCAACAUUGAAAACAAGACAAGCAAAGUUCAUUCAUUUUCCAGACCUUCAAACGAAACAUUUCUUACUCGGUUUGAUUUUCCGACGAUUAACGAAAAUUACCGAAGUAAACCUUACUGUUUUCUAUAUGGCGUGGCCUUAAGAGUAAUACACGAUAAUAUCACAAGUAUAGCUUUAAUCAAGAAGGAUGUCUGUGAGAAAGGAAGAGACAAAUACUAUUACAAGACCGGUGUGUACGUGAGCGAAGCUAUUUUCGUUCCGACACCAAAUGCGAAAGAAGAGGACGAUGGUGUCUUGGUACUUCCGGGGGCAGACGCAGCAACAAAUAAACAUUAUCUUUAUGUAAUAGAUGCUAAAACCAUGACCUUGAUAAGUCAAGCGGAACUUCCUACGACAGUCCCUUACACAUUACAUGGCCAUUUUAUUUCCGAAAAACUGUAAAUCGUGUAAAUAUAUUCAUAACAAACAUGGCGGCAAGGGAUAAAGGCAUAACCGAUUUAAUCUUAUUAUUUGCUCAAUACUUCACUACCUCACUUUCACUUAUCUAGAGAAGAUUUAAACGUCGUCCUCCAUAAAUAUAUAUAUAUAUACCACAUAGAUAUACUUUUAGACUAUAUCUACUCUGCAACCACUUUGACCUACUCACAAGAUGAGCUUAAAAAUAUAUAAGAAGCUUAGAAAAUCCUCAUAAACCUUAUAGUCUGACGAAGGCAGCUUAGCCGAAUCUUUAAACUCACUGUCAACGAUUAUUCUGUUAAAAUAAAAUAAAUAUAUGAUACUAUAAUUAAAUGUA